GUCCUCCCCUGCCCCCCCGGGCUGAUCUGGAAUCCUGGGGCUUUGAUUCCAAAGGGCAGAGGGUGUCGUGUGCACAGCUGAGAGUUUUAAGAGACAUGGCGGCGACUUUAUUUUCUUUCCCUCUUUUGUCUUACCUUGUCAGAGAUACACACACAUACUUAGCCUAUCAUCCUACGAGCCUCGCCCCGGGUUAAAAUUCCCCUUUGUUUGUGCGGGUCCCCGAGGUCGAUCCCUUCUUCAGCUGAGCGGGUUGGUACAAUUUGUGUUACUUUUCAAUCCCUCCCUAUUUUAUUUCCCCACACCUCAACUUGUCCAGACUCGGUAGGGACCGAGCCAUCCUGUUCAAAGUUUGUCUGAGGUCUCUCUAUCUCCGCCUGGGUGUUCCUCUCUCGAGAUGUAACCUUGGGAACCCAACCAGCUGCCGACUUCCCCUUUUGUCGUCUGACCUGCUGUUGCUGUCGCCGCAUCGAGCCAAAUCCAACUAGGGUGAUCCCUCGCCUGCACGCUUAAUUCUUUAUCUGCGCCCCAGGCCCGCCUCAUCCCUUCCCUGGGGCCCCUCUUGCCUUUCCCUACCUUUCUUGGUCGAUCUCAACAACUUCAAGUCCCUCCCUUUCUACCAGAGAAAGGGCGGCGCGCCAGCCAUGGCCGUCUUGAGCCACCACCACUCUUGGAUGCCACAGAGGAGGCUAGGCGUCUGGAUCGUGGCCCUCAUCCUCAUCGCCACGGCGUACUAUGCCGUCUGGACAGACACUUUCUCGGUGGACCGGUUCCGGGCACAGGGCUUGUCCUCAGCCUCGUCGGCCCCGUCGUGCGAUUGUCCCGUAUCACAACAGGAGAACAGCACAGGGACAAGUACGACUGUCACCCACAUCUCAUACGUUACCGUCACCCGCGAUGCACAAAAGACGGCCGCCCCCACGGACCCGGCCUCGGCCUCCACCAGCCCAUCCAGGCCCCACCGCGACCCGGAGUACUUCACCAACCUGCCCAAGGAGUACGAGCUGGCCACCGAGGACGACGACCUGUGCACCCUCUUCUACACGGACGAGUACGUCUACGGCAUCGCCAACAGCUCCACCCGCCUGUGCGCCGAGGGCUCCUACGUCCACGGCUUCGAGGUGCCCACCAACCCGCACCACCACAAGCUGGCCGGCGCCACCCCCGUCUACCUGAUGCAAGGAGUGACUUGGGACCCCACGAGCCGGACCUUUCACGCGCAGUGCGGCGACGACCCCAAGACCGAGAAGGCGACCGUCUACGGGCAGGGGCUGCCCGGGCUGACGUACGACGGCGGUGCGGCGCUGGUGGCAGAGACGAGGUCGACGGCGAGGUCGACGGGCUGUGACAGACACAGCAAGGACCGCCAGCUGGUCAUCUACCCGGCCCUCAAGGAGAAGUACGACAACGUCUGGCACAAGCUCAUGGAGCUCUGGCAGAACAAGCUGAGCUACGACGCCGCCCGCAUCGCCCUCGACCCGGCCACGGGGCAGCCCUUCCUCACCGCGGAGCAGGUCGCCGGCGCAAGGGUCGUCUUCCCGGACGACCACGAGGGGCCCUGGGACGACGCCUGGGAGAUGCUGACGGGCAAGCCGCCGGCCCGCUACUCGGAGCUCGACCCGGACCUGUGCUACGACGUGGUGGUCGGCACGGUGGGCUGGGGCGGGCCCUUCUGGUCGGCGCUCCUCAAGACGACGUACGAGACGUGCCGCCGCGAGACGCUCCUGACCCACUUCACGCGCUGGGUGCUGGGCUGGUACGGCAUCCCGGAGCGGCCGUCGUCGGACGUCCGGCCGAAGCCGACCAUCACGGUGGUGCAGCGCGGGUCGACGCGCAAGUUCCGCGACUUCGACAGCCUCAUGGAGAAGAUGCACGCGCAGCACCCCGGGUAUGCCAUCAACGUCGUCGACCUGGCUCUCAUGGGCAAGCGCGAGCAGAUCGCGCUGCUGCAGUCGACCGACGUGCUCGUCGGCCACCACGGCGCCGGCAUGAGCUACGUCAUGUUCAUGCGGCCCGACUCGGCCGUCGUCGAGAUCCUGCCGCCCUUCUUCCUGUCGCGGGGGUUCCGCUGGGUCGCGCGCAUGCGCGGGCUCGUGCACUUCAUCGGCAAGGCCAUGUGGAAGGAGGAGUACAUGCAGGCCGUCGAGGGCAUCCCCGUGCCUGAGGGCUGGAAGCCCUCCGUGCAGGGCGACGGGGACGCUGCCGACUGGCAGACUGAGGAGUGGAUCUGGAUCACGCACGAGGAGGUGCUGGGCCUCGUCGAUGCGGCUGUUAAGAGCCAGCUGCAUUCCCUGGGGGAUAAGAUGCCGUAGGGGUGAUGGGAGUUGGCCUUUUUUCUCUUGUAUAGACAGACCAUGUUAAAUUUCUGCUGUAUAUACCCAGACUUAUUUGAUACCACUUUUCAAAGAUCGACUCUGCGGGCGCGUGGGCGGGCAAGCUCGCAUAUACUUUGAGUUAAAUGCUGCCGAUCCUUCCUGUUAUUGAAUGCAAUGUACGUGCUAAUCUGAA